AUGAAGACUAGCGCAGCGUUUCUCAGAUAUGCGAGCCCUAAUGAGAUGCGGACGAUAGCUCGCGAGGAUGUGGGAUAUUAUCACGCAGUUGUUAUUGGCGCAGUGUAUGACUUUGCCGAAGAGACUAACGUCAAGUCUCCAUCGACAUAUGUCCACGCUCUUAGACGGUGCAUCGAGGAACAUCCCUUCUUCUGCGUUAUCGUUGGAGACAGAACCACUGAUAAAGCUUACUAUGAGCAUGUAUCAAGCAUCGAUGUUGAGAAACAAAUCUCCAUUGUCCAAGACCCAGAGAUCGGGACCGACCCAUUGCAGGCCAUUGGAAGAUCAGUAAAACCAGAGUUGGACCGCCCAUUUGUCCCAGGUAUCCCUCCUUGGAGAAUCGUGGUCCUCCCUCUUAGUCCGACUCAAUGCCAUGUUGCCUUCUGUUACUCUCACGGCAUUGGCGACGGUAUUGCGGGUGUUGCUUUUCACAAGACUUUCCUGGAGGGUUUAAGAGAAACACCUGCGACCAUUCCAUCUUCUACCAUUGCGCCUCCCAAGAAGCCUUUACCUGAACCAUUUGACACACCCGAAAGACUCACUAUCUCGUGGUCGUUCUUGCUGGCACCUUUUCUAGCACAAUACAUUCCCUACUUCCUCGUCAAGAUGCUGGGCCUGCGUGUCUCGGCGUCUUAUGUCAAUGACGGGACGUGGACAGCAACACCUAUCUUUUUUGAUGCCAAAACAAACCAGAAUAAGCUCAAGAUUCGUCAGAUUGAAGCAUCUCAGGUCAACAAAGUUGUGCAACUUGCUAGGACCCAUGACGCGAGAUUGUCGGGAGUCCUGCACCAGCUGAUCACGCGCGCCCUCAGUAAGGCUGUCAAAGACAACAACGUCACGAAUUUCGUGGGUCAAACAGCGAUUAAUAUGAGAAGUUCAAUCGGCAUGCCCAAUGACGUGGCGACUGAAGCAGUAUCAGGUUGCUACACCCUUCUUGGCCGCAGCAAAGUCACAGGUCCCUUGACAACGCAAGAAUGGGCUUCAGCGAGCAAAGCCACCAAGGAAUUCGCAAGCGCCGCGGUCAAACUCGACGACAAUCCCAUCGGGUUGUUACGUUAUGUGUCUAGCAUAAGAGAAUGGACUCUUGGCAAAAUUGGCAAGAAGCGAGACUCGUCAUACGAGCUUAGUAACGUUGGUGUUUUUGACGGGGAUGCUGGCUCUAAUACCAUCGGAAAGGACAAGGUCAAGGUGAUUAAAAUGACAUUUGCGCAGCCUGGUCAGGUUGGAGGAUGCCCCAUUUCUUUCAACAUUGCCUCUGUCAAGGGAGGAGAUUUGGUCUUUACCAUUACGUGGCAAUUAGGUGCUUUGGGGCUUGGUGGUGAAGAGGCAAUGGAGGACAAGGUUGUGGAUGAGAUCUGCGAUAACCUCAAGCAAGGAUUUAACGACAUUGUUUAA